CGGAACUCCCUGCGCGAUAUAUUCCUCAUCAAGCAGCGAGAGUGAAUGCGCGCCGGAAACUUACCGGGUAUAUCCGAGUUUUUCUGGCCGUCCGAAUCAGGGAUUUCGUGGUUUUUAUAGACGAAUGUCGUAGUGGAAUAUAUCAGCAGACAUCUGUGCUUCGUAAUUCGAGUGACAUUAGGAAAAACCGAGCUUUGCCUUGCGGAAAAUAAAAGGACCACGCCUAAACGGCGGGCCACAAAAAAAUCGAAAUCACCUGUUGUUGAUAAUUGGUGCACACGCCCGUGCACGGAGCAAUUUUGUGUACAUCGUUAGGUAACCAGGAAUUCUCUCAACGCCAAAUUCAUUAACGAUAACAAACGCUGAACUGGAAAUAUUUGUUACUAUCAACCAUGGCUGUUGUGUCUAGGACUGUAUUUUUAGGGGUGUUUUUGUGCUGGAUUAUAACGGGAGUUUGGAGCCGUCCCAACGGUGCUCCUACCACUGCCUGCGUGUCCAUGCUCCCUAAUCACGGCGUUCCAAGCCAGGCCGCAAACACGAGCCCUUUCACCGUCACAGCCGAUACCACGGAUUUCACAACGGAACAAGUUAUAACCGUUACUGUCUCUUCAGGAGGAUCGGUCACAUUUAAGGGUGUCCUCUUACAAGCCCGAGUAGUCGACACGGAUACUCCAGUGGGUGUCUUCAGUAACAUCCCUGACGGAUAUCAGCCGUUAAACUGCUCCAGUGCCGAUGAUGCUGUUACACAUGCUAACAAUAACGUUAAGAACAGUCUUACAGUGGAAUGGACGGCCCCUAGCAAUGCCCUCGGCGAUAUUGAAUUUGUAGCGACAGUUGUAUACACAAGAGAAAUAUUCUGGAGUCAACUAAGAUCUUCAGUCAUUACAGCUUUGCCAGAUGUCUGCUUAUCAGAGCCUUGUUUCAAUGGUGGGACGUGUUACCGGGCCAGCGACAAACGAUCCUACUUCUGUGGUUGCACAGCACCAAGCGAAAUGGGCCCCAAUUGUGAAACGUUAAACCCGUGCAAUCCCAGUCCUUGCCUAAAUGGGGGAGUGUGCUUUAGGAGUGCCACAUCAGCGGCACACUACACUUGCCUGUGUACUGGCCAUUAUAGCGGCCAGCAUUGUGAAAAUGUUAUUGCUGCAUGUUCACCAAACCCCUGUCUGAACGGCGGCGUCUGCCGAGAAGCGGGUGACACGUUCUCCUGUUUCUGCCCCUCGGACCGACACGGAGCCCGUUGUGAAUUCGAGAUCAUCACCUGCGAUCCCGACCCUUGCCUGAACGGUGCCUCUUGCCUUGCGACGGCCACAGGACAUGAGUGUAUAUGUGCCUUCGGAUGGUCCGGGGAUGACUGCGGAACCAGCUUGAUCUGCCAGGCUGAUUCCUGCUUGAAUGGCGGCACAUGCUUUGAUAGCAAUCCCCCUGGCAGCGUGAUGUUUUACUGCUAUUGCAAUGUCUACUACACAGGCAGUCGCUGUGAAACCGCUGAUCCGUGCCGAGCUGACCCGUGUGCAAACAGUGGCACCUGCAACCAGGUUGGCGACACAGAGGCUUUCACCUGUUCUUGCAUUGAUGGCUUCGAAGGCGAGCGUUGCGAAACAACUACCAACCCAUGCCAGGCCAGCCCGUGUAUGAAUGGUGGCACAUGCUUUCGUGAUACUAAUGGGGCUACCAUGUGCCAGUGCCCGUCAGACUACAUCGGAGACGUCUGCCAAACGAGAGUUCACCCUUGCGAUCUGCCAGUCACACCAUGCAUGAAUGAAGGCACAUGUUUCAAAGGGUCGUCAGGUUAUUCCUAUUUCUGUCAGUGUCCUAGCGGCUACAGUGGUAUGGACUGCGAAACUCUUGACGACCCCUGUGCAUCCCACCCCUGUAUGAACGGUGCAUCUUGUACCCCGGGGUCGGGGGAGGAAUAUACCUGCACGUGUCCGGCGGAGUUUUUUGGGUCCAACUGUCAGAAUCGAGGUGCUUGCUUUGGGGCCGACUGCCAAAAUGGGGGAACCUGCAUACCCCGCAGUGACCAGCUAGCAUUCACAUGUCAGUGUGCGCCGUCUUACGAUGGACCGUACUGCCAAUAUGCAAAUGGAUGUGAACUCAACGAUCUGUGCCUUGGUGGUUCCACCUGUAGUUACAUUGGCCAGGGUUUCACUCGGUGUGACUGCCCAGAUGGCCUAGCUGGAACUUACUGUGAACUCGAUGUUUCUUGUAGUGGGACCCCUUGUCGAAAUGGGGGCACUUGUAGACCAUUAGGGGACGGCAGCUACCAAUGUGACUGCCUGGCAAUCUACUCAGGAAGCAAUUGUGAAAUAUACACAAAUCCAUGCAUGCCUGAUCCAUGCGUCAAUAGCGAGUGCAUUAUCUUGUUGGACCCAGACACUGCCUGGAAUUGCACUUGCGGCAAGGACUACAGUGGGGAGAAUUGUACCAUUUACAACGGAGAUCCUUGUGAUGUGUUUGAAUGUUUCAACGAUGGUCAAUGUAUCAGUGGUGCCCAAGGCUCUACGUGUGUGUGCGGACCGGACUAUUCAGGGGAACACUGUGAGAGACCCUUAAACCCAACCUUGACUGGAUGCCCAAGCGGGUUGGCGAUAUCCUAUCCCCUACAACAGGGCUCAAACAGCGCCUACAUUGACCUGUCUAUCACAGCAAGGGGCCAUCUGAACCAGCUGAUACCGAUCACAGUGACAGACGAACUGGAGUUCCCCAGCACCAUCAUGUUCACAGAGGAGUACAGGGAAGGCAAAGACAUCACAGUACAAGCAGUGGAUGAGAACAAUGAGAACAGGACCAGCACGUGUUCAUUCAAGUUACGAAUUUUAGAUAAUGAGAUUCCCACUGUUCAGUGUCCAGCCGAUAUGUCGACCAUUACAGCCGAAAAUUCCGUUGCCGUUUUCUUCCCUAUGGCAACCGCUAUGGACAAUCUUGGUAUCACCAAACCACUGCAGUACACUCCAAGCAACGGCUCUCAGUUCGACGCCGGACGAAGUCACACGGUCAUAGUCAAGGCACUGGACACGUUCGACAACCAGGGGGAGUGUAGCUUCCAGGUGGUUGUAAACAAGAAGGAAUCUGACUGCACCGAACCCACUGCACCCGACAAUGGAGUAUCAACCUGCGUUGCUGAUGGAGAGAGUAGGACGUGUUCCGUCAGCUGUAAUGAGGGAUUCGGCAACGCUGUAGGCAUCAAUGAAUACAUGUGCGUCCAUCAAAGCCCUGCCUACUGGACGCCCAGGCCCAAUACAGAUAUCUGUGUCCCUUACAAACCGGGAAACAGUGCCAGUAAAGUGGUGUCCCUUCGCUUCAGCAUCGACUCUGCUUUGUGCAACACGCUCAACUUCGACAACUCAGUUGCAGACAGCCUGACCGAAUCUCUACAAGCGCUCGGGGUCUGCGAAACAAACGACGCCAGAAUGUCUUGCAGCUUUGAGCUGGAGUGUGGGAGCGGGAGUGGCGCUGGUCGCCGGAGGCGCGCAAACGUGGACCUAAAUGUUGACCUGGGUCUUACGAGUCUUGCCGGUGAGGAUGACAGCACCGCGGAUGUCGAGGCGAGACUGGACGGGGCUGUGGACAACGUGAAGGCCGGGGUAGCCACCAGUUCUCUGUCCAUCGAGAUCGAGGGAGAAACCAUCAUGAAUGAACCCACGGCGCUGGGGGAGUCUGACACCACCUGGAAUUGCAAACCGGGCCAAGUCACAAAGUCCAACGGAUGCUUGUCAUGUCCACCGGGCACCUACCACGAUGCCGUCAGAAAGACUUGCAGCUACUGCGAGACCAACACGCACCAGAACAAACCCGAGCAGGAGAGUUGUUCAUCAUGUCCAGAUGGGACUGAAACGCAGCAGAAUGGUGCCUUCAGUGAAGACCAUUGUGUGCCAAUUGACAAGGAACCCUUGGCUGGUCCCUGGACGCCAACCCUAAUCGGCAUAGUGGGCGGAGCAGGUGGUUUGAUUGUCCUCCUCCUGGUUAUCCUAGCCUGCGUCUGCAUCGUCAAGAGUUCCCGCCGGCCCUCGCAUGAAUCCCGCGGUGAGUCCAAGGAGAGCCCGCUCUCCAACUUCACCCACCUCAACAAGGCCUACGAGGAGACAGACGAGACCGAGAUGCAGUUCCACGGCGAUCCGUCCAUUGACAGCGACAACACGUACCAGAACAUCGUGGAUGACGACCAGUCGCGGACCGGCAGCACCGACUACCUGGUGCGCAUCCCAAGCCUGUCCCAGUACAGCGAUUACUACGCCACUCUGAACGCCCGGUCCGCCCCGAAUCUGGAGCCUGAGACUCCACCCCCACCCCCACCAGUCUCGGCACCCGCGCCGCCCGAACCUCAGCUCAACGGGGGACCCCCUUCGCCUCCUCCCGCACCCCCCGCACCUCCAGCUCCGGGCCUCAACACUAAUAAUUCCAACAUGUCUACGGAUCACACACACCUGAAUGGGAGUGUUGCCAAUGGUGGCACUAGGGCUAAAUUCCAAGUUUGAUCCUGAAGAAACCAACGUCAUUGACAGAUCACUUUGGUGAUAACAGUUUGAGAGAAGCAACCAAGUAGUUGAAACUACAGAUGCAGGAAUACAUGCGAAUGGCGUAAGCACACAUUUUGUACUUGCAUACCUUUAUACGUACUUAGAGAAAUGUAAACAUACCACUAUGUAUAGCAUGAAGACAUAAGGGAAAAACUGUCCAGUGUAUACAUGUACAUAUUACAAACUUUUGAAAGUAACUGCUGUUAUGUUUAAUACAUAAACACACCAUACAUAUCUCCAACAAUUGUCAUAAUUUGUAUUUUCUUUCCAGUAUCAUUUCUUCAAGUGAUAAAGCCACCGUUCAUACAUCGAGUCAAGCCUUGUGGUGCUUGUCAAAUUUUUAGAGAGGUUUGACUCUUGUAAAAUUUAAGCACAAACUGAAUUUGUCAUUUUAAAAUUUGAUAUGAAGUAACAUUUGUAACAUAUUUUUUUUAAGUAAAGCUUAUUGGCUGGCCAGUAAGACGGUCUUUGUGAACAAGAGUUUUUAAUUUCUUUUGCUUUUAUUGCAAUAUAUUGGAUAUUGUGGGCCAGUUUAUAAUAUUUUAGGAAUCAGACAUAACUGCAUAAAAAUUGCAAAAGAAUUUUUGCAAGGCUACCUCGCGCACCUUUCUAAAAACAGUUCAACUGAAAAGACUUCUGGGACUUAAAAGCUAGUGUGUAUGAUUUCAAUGUUCUCUGGGCCAUGUGACUGCAACAAAUGGGGACUUGAAAAUGAAGAUCUUAACUGAAUUGGUUGGGUAUUUUUUAAUGAAAUGUAACAAUACCUGUGACCUCUUUUUACAUAUGUAUAUUUUUAAAAUUCUGAACAUGUACUUCAAGAAUUUUUUUAUCGUACGCUUCCACAACAUUUAAAUUUACCAAGAUGUGCUUUUUAUUACACAAAACAAUCAUUUACUCUGUCUGUGAAUUGCUUGUACGGUGUUUCCAACAAACAAUAUUUAGCGUAAGGUAUUCUUAUACAAAUUUAUGGAAAACUGAAGAGUUCAAUAGGUUUUUAUUCUGAAGUAUCCAAUAAGCGCAUAUUCUAAGAUGUAAAGACAUUCUUGACUUGUGCUACUCGCAAAAUUAAAUUUACCUGGCUGUCAUAAAUAUUUUAUGCAAACCAUUUUUUAACGUUAACUUGAUGCGGCUGAUGCAUCGAGAGAAAAAAAGUUCGGAUAAAUCAAGCAUUUUUUUUUUUCGAAUGAAAUUUUCUAUUUUUCCGGGAAAUUUAAAAGCAUGGUAUCACGGCAAAAUUUGUAAAACGUGUCUAAAAUGUCUGUACUUAAAAAACAUUUCUUUCUAUUACAGAUAAAUUGACCUUUGCUCUUCAUAUUAACACAAUUGGAGACAAGCAUACAUUUUGUAUGAUGCAUAUUAAUCUGUUUCCUUUAUUUAAUCAUUAUAGUUUAUUGGGUAGCAAUUUUUACGUGAGAAAAUUAUAAAGUUUAUUGAAAUGCUUUUUAAGAUGUACAUGUAUGUAGAAAGUGGCAUCACUUUGUAAUAAGUAGAACACUUUACACGUUUUUUUUCCAGUGUGACUUGAAAGUUGGAAUUGUACAUACACAAAUAAUUUGGUAUGUUGGUUGAUGUAUAUUUCAGUGAGCUUUGCAUAUCUUACUCAACAAUCAAACGUUAAGGCUGAUUUUUAUAGAAAUAUUUUUAGUAUAUGAAUCAUCUUUUAAUAAAAGCAAAAUUCCGAAACUA